GGACCUUAUCAGUAAGGUUUAAACACGGGGAGGCAAAAACGCAAAACCACCAUCCCCAAUAGACUCGGAGCCAAUUCCAUGGCUGCUGCUACUGCUCUCCAUGCGUUUCCAAUGAAGGUUAAAGCUUCAUGGGAUACACAUGAUAGACUUCCUUACAAUCCCCACCGUACUUACCCCAAAAAUCCUAACAGUCUUACCCCUGCCAAUUUAAGCACAGAACAAAACCUAAAAUCUAACUCGACAGAUCGUAAUUUGAUAUCUGUUUCAGCCCUUCUUAGUCGCAAAUCUCCAAGCCCAAGUCAAGCGCGCUUGGAAGAAACGUAUCUGGGCUACGACACAUGGAUGCCGAGUGCCCCAAAAGUGGAAAAACCUCGCUCGACGUACAAUGCUGCCUCGCUAGCAUACAUUGGAGAUUGCAUAUACGAGCUAUAUGCCCGCAGGCAUUUUUUAUUUCCACCGAUGAGUAUUGAAGAAUAUAAUGAUCGUGUUAUGGCUGUUGUGCGCUGCGAAGCCCAAGAUGCAAUGCUCCACAAACUAAUGAAAGACAAAGUUCUAUCAGAAGAAGAGAGGGAUGUUCUUCGGUGGGGAAAAAAUAUUUCUUCAUCCAAAACACGGACUAAAAAACGUGCUGGUGUAGCUGUUUACAACAGAGCAUCAUCUUUAGAAACACUGAUUGGUUAUCUAUACCUUACAAAAGUUGAACGUCUAGAAGAGAUCAUGCAAAAGCUAGGAUUUUCAACCGGUAUUUCCUCACAGAUGAUUCUAGAAGAAGCAAGCGUUACUGAAAAUAUUGAUUUAGGCAAAUGAUGUUAAUUAGUGAGUACACAUGUUUGAUGAGGUGGAUGUAGAGGAGCGAUCAUCAAUCUCUGCUUAUGUGGAGACACCGUUUUUGAUCGUGUAAGCUUUUAGUGUCAGAAGAUCGGUAUAUUGUAUACGAACAACUUUGGUAUGAGAAUUUUUCAGAAGGUCUUGUGAUUAAUUAUGAAAAUAUGUAGUUCCAUGUGUUUUGACUUUUGAUUAAGUUAUAGAGUU